UGUAGCUUGCACCCAGCUCGAGACGGCUGCAGGGGAAGACUACUCCUCUGCUCUCUCCAACGAGGUCAACGCAGCCGCCACCACCACCUCGCCACCAUCAUUAACCAGUAGCAGCAGCACAGAGUCCAGUGUGCCCAGUGCCACAAAGCAGCAGGGAUGCCCCUGCACUGAGCCCAUCCCAUGCCGCGCCCAGGCUUUCCCUUCAAGCUUACACCCAUGUGACCCUAUCACAGGCAGCCUCAGGAAGCCACUGCAGCAAAGGGGUCGGAUGCUGAGAAGGAGCUGGAGCAGCAUCACGCCGGGCUCCAGGAGCCUCGAAGCGCUGUUGGAGAAAACCAAAGCCACGCUGAGUGGGAGGAGUGCCCAGAGAGUCCAGUCACCCGACGACCCCUCCAAGCCACAGAGGAGAUUUGCUUUUUCCAAGACACUUUCCAAGAGCUUGUCCUUGUCCCAGGGAUCAGUAUCGUCUGUUAGAUCAGUUAGCUCUCAGUCCUCUGGCAGGAGGCUCUUCAGAGGCGCCUCUAUCAUGCUGCCAGCGUCAUUGGAUGCCAAGCAGCUCCAAGCCGUGCCACUACCCAGACUGGACAGAAGCACCUGGAUGAGGUGCCAUGGGCCCUUCACACACUGCUUCCCCAAGAGGAAGACCAACACUGAUGAUGAUGAUGAUGACGAUGACGAUGAAGUCGGAGGUGGAGCAGGAGAAAGCCCCACCUCCCAGCCAUUCUCUGGGGGUCAGAAGGGACAGUCACUCCCUACCAGCCCCAGUGUUGAUGCAGAGAACACAGUCUCUUUGUACGCCUCUGGAUCUGAACCCUCCRCUGUGGCUGAACAGCUCAACAUGGCCAGUGGUGUGACUGUGAGUGGCAUGAGCCUGGGAGCGAAGCUGAGCCGUGUGAACUUACUGAAGGGAAAGACCUACACCCUCCCCCAGGGGUUCUCAGAUGCACAGAGAGAUGCCCUGGAUAUGAUGGGCCUGGUGCGCUCCGGUGUAUGCCAGGGAGGUGGCCAGAGGUCAGAGGUCAGUGAGUCCGACCUGUGGAGGUUCAGUCAGCUGCUCUCCAUGGAGGCCCUAGAGCUGGGCAGCGCCUGCAAUCACAUGGCCCUGGUGCAAGGCAGCCCCCAGGACACCCUGCUCACCCUGACUCACAGUUUCCACACGGUCUGUUGCUUAACACAGGCCUGCAUGUCACUGGUGGAGUGCUUGAGCCCUGAGAGCCGGCAGCGAGAGGUGGUAGCCAAGGUGGACGAGGUCGUCAUGAACUAUGUGUGUCUGCUCCAGGCAGCUGAAACGGCUUUGGAUAGUUCCCCCGAUGACCAAAGUGUGAAUGCAUUGACACGUCACUCCACCACCAUGUGUGCUAUCGUCAACAGACUGAGUCACUCACUCACAACACUCUACAAGUAAACAUAACACGGUUAUGAUUAGCGAUUUCAAAGCCAUACAUAAGAGACAUGGGUUUAUUCGACCCAAACCAAUGGGAACUGCUGUGACAAAACCUUGCCUUGUGUAUAUUUUGUUUGAUAUGUAAAGUCAAAUAAACUCUAUUAAUCAUGAUGACACUUUUAAAAGUGGUUAUAUUCAGGCCUCUGAGAAGACGAAUAUGAACCUAAGGGUAUAUAAACUGAUAUUACUUGAUAAGUAUACUUUUACAAAUUGAUUAUCACCUUUUGGGGUGUAAUGUGUAGAUGAACCACUAUUAGGUCUGUAUUUAUUUGUAUGAAUUAUUAUGUUACACAUGAUACAUAUUAUGUGACAAAGAGCUCUAGACAAAUCACUGCGCAAGACAAGAAAUUACAUUAUAUGAUACAGUCCAUUAUGACGUCGAUAUUUUUCAUUUGCUGAAUCCGACAUUAUGAACCUUUGCACAUGUUCACUGAGUACUUUCCUCUUAUUUUUGUCAGCACUACCAUAACAUAUUAAAAGAAAAAAAUGUUGCAACCUGAAGUUGAUUAUUGUCUCCUUUAUUAUUCUCAUAACGAUUGUUAUACAAAGUAAAGGUCCAUUUCAAUUAUCAAUUAAAAAACAUUGUUCUCUAAAGCCAAGUAAUGUUCUUCUUACAGUGAGCGAGGGCUUUCUCCUGCUUUCUCUACAACCUAUUUGUCACAAGAAUUGCAUAAUUUAUACCAAAAACUCUCCUGGACCAUGUUUGGUUGUAUUAAAUAAUGUUUGAUUAUUUACUGUUUUACCAUUUACUCAGUCCAGGAUGAUGAUCAUGCAUUUUGCAUUAAUGAUGAUGGACUGUCUAAGUUUGAGGGCCGGAGAGUGUGUCUGCAUAAUGUAUAAUCUGCAGAGUAACCUUGCUUGAAGGCACAGGCUGUAUAGUUUAUCGCCACAGCUACUAGCUAAUGUCCCAGCUGUCCUGUGUUUCUCUGAACUGAGGUUUCACUUUUAUUUACAGAAAAGAAGUGGCAUGUAUUUAUGUAUGCCAAGGAAAGCCAAGCUUCCCCCAAAAAAAUUUGCAACAAAAA